CCGACCAAGAGCCCGGGCCAUAAUCUAGUUUCAAUUACAAGACAUUCAUUCUUUCCUCCCAAAACAUUUUCCCAACCAUAGCAAAUAAACAGAAAUUCAUUUUCCCAAAUAAACAAACUAUUCACUUCCUAUUGCCAAAUACAUGCCAAGUGCCCACCAUAUAAAAGGAAAUAACAUUUAUUUCUAACAGAGUGGAAACAAAGUCUAAGUCAUUUCUUAGAAUGCUCUGUGGUUGCAGCGCAGUCUGAACUUCCACAUCAUAAAAGAAUUUCUCGUGGUGUUGUUAUAAUGAUUGAACUAUGACCCAAAAAUCAAAAUUUUCCAUUCAAUUCUCAAUUAAGUCCUACCAAAAAGAAGGUGAGACAAAUAGAAAGAGUGAUAAAAAAAAGUACUCACUCUUAUUCAUCAAUGUUUUGAUGAAUCGAUGUUCGACCAAGUAGCAUAUGCUAGCACUACAAAGGAAGCAUGUGAUAUUUUGCAAAAUGAAAUGCAAGGUGUUGAACCUGUAAAGAAGGUUCGACUUCAGACACUCAUGGGAGAUUUUGAAUCAAUGAAAAUGGAGGGUGAAUCUGUGUCAAACUACAUGUCCAUGUGAAGUUUCCCAAAGGAGUCUCUAAUUAGAGCUAAAGCACCACUUGAGCUCAUCUAUGCAUAUCUAUGUGGACCAAUCACCCCAACAUCGUUUGGAAAGAGAAGAUAUUUCCUAGUGUUCAUUGAUGAUUACAGUAGGAAAACAUGGGUUUACUUCAUGAAGCAUAAAUUAGAUACAUCUUAAGCUUUCAAGAAGUUCAAGAUGUUGAUGGAGAAUAAAAGUGACUGUUACAUCAAAGCUAUGGGAUCAGAUAUAGAGGGAGAAUUUAUACUGAAGAAGUUUAGAAGGUUUUGUGAAUAUCAAGGAAUUCACAAGUUCUCACAGUCUCAAGAUCCCCAUAGGAGAAUACGGUUGUUGAGAGGAAAACAUAACUGUACUCAACAUUGUGAGAAGCAUGUUGAAAAGCAAGAAUCUGUCAAAGGAACUAUGAGUUGAGGAUGUUAACUGUGCAUUCUACAUGUUGAAUAGGUCACCAACAAAGAGUGUUUGGAAUCAAACACCCCAAGAAGCAUGGAGAGGAAGGAAACCCACAGUCUCUCAUCUCCUAGUCUUUGUAAGUGUCAGAUAUGUGCGCGUAUCGGAUCAAGAAAGGAAAAUGUUGGAUGAUAAAAGCAAGGAGUACUUAUUUCUUGGAUACUCUGAACAUUAUAAGGGAUACAAGACGUUUGAUCCUGUGGAAGAGAAGGUGAUCAUUAGCAUAGACGUGGUAAUUAAUAAAGAAGCAACAUGAGACUUGACUACUGAAGCACAUAAGAAGUAUACCUUUUAUCCAUUCACUUUUGAUGAAAGUGAUGAAGUACUAGAUACAGAUACACUUUAUCGAGUCCAUCCAGUCAUAGAGAGCAUGCCAGCCCAAUAGGAAGUUCAAGUGAAAGUCCAAGAGAAAGGCCACAGAAGUAUCGAUGUCUUUAAGAUCUUUAUGAUGCUACAACAAGCAUUGAUGGUGAUGAAUUGACACUAUAUUGUCAUUUCAUUACUAAUGAACCAGUGGAUGCUUAAAAAGUCAUGAAAGAUGAAAAACAGAGAAAGGCUAUGGAUGAAGAAAUUCAAGCAUUUGAGAAGAACAAGACUUGGGAGCUUGUAUCACUUCCUGAGAACCAGAAACCGAUUUGUGUGAAAUGGAUAUUCAAGGCGAAAAAGAAUGCAAAGGGAGAAAUUUUCAAAUAUAAAGCAAGACUAGUCGCAAAAGGAUACGGUCAAAGACCAGACAUUGACUCUAAUGACUAUUUGCUCCCGUGGCAAGAAUUGAGAGUAUUCGAGUGGUGAUAUCUCUCGCUGCUCAAAAUGGAUGAAAAGUACAUCACAUGGAUGUGAAGUCAGAUUUUCUGAAUGGAUAUCUUGAGUAAGAUUUAUAUAUUGAGCAAACUUAUGGAUAUAUCGUUGAAGGCCAAAAAGAUAAGGUGCUAAAGCUCAAAAAGUCGUUGUAUGGUUUGAAACAAGAACUUAAAAUUUGGAAUGACAAGAUUGACAAGUAUUUUUAGCACAACAGGUUCAGUAAAUGUCCACAUGAGCAUACCUUAUACUACAAGGUGCAAUGGAGAGCAAUAUUAAUAGUUUGUCUGUACGUGGAUGAUACCAUCUUCAUAGUCAUUGGUCCUUAAAUGUUUGAAGAGUUCAAGAAGACAAUGGUUCGUGAGUUCGAGAUGACGGAAAUUGGAAUGAUGUCAUACUAUCUUAUCAUUGAAGUGAGUCAAAAGGAGGAAGGAAUUUUUAUCUCACUGAGUGGUUUUGCCUAGGAGGUCCUGAAGAAGUUUAAAAUGGAGAAGUGCACCCCAGCUGAGUGUGGACUAAAGUUAUUCAAAGAUGACAAAAGAGUUAAGGUUAACUUGACUGAGUUUAGAAGCCCUUGUGGAAAGUCUGAGAUAUCUGACUUGUACAAGACCAAAUAUUCUCUACGCAGUUGGGUUAGUCAGCAGAUACAUGGAGGCACUGACAAUGUCAUACUGGAAUGUUGCUAAGAGAAUCUUGUGCUACAUUAAAGGUACAAUUGAUCAUGAGUUGUUUUAUGCAAAACUGGUUGGAUACUGCGAUAGUGAUUGGAAAGGAGACAUGGAUGAUCUCAAAAGCACUACAUGUCGUAUACUUUUUGAGAGAUAUAGCUUUCACAUAGAGUUCAAAGAAGCAAACUAUCGUGACACUAUCUACUUGGAAAGUUGAAUAUGUUGCUGCAACAUCAUGUGCGUGUCAUGUGAUUUGGCUCAGAAAGUUGCUGAAGGAGUUGAACAUGGAACAUGAUGAGUCUACUGAGAUAUUUGUGGAUAACAAAUCUACCUUGGCGUUAGCAAAGAAUCCAGUGUUCAUGAUCACAAUAAGAAUAUUGAUAUUAGAUAUCAUUUUCUGAGAGAAUGCGUGGAGAAGAAAGAAGUGAUGCUGGAAUAUGUAAAGAAUGAAGACCAGACUGCUGAUAUCUUCACUAAGCCGCUCAAGUAAGACGUGUUCGUCUAGAUGUGGACACAACUCGGAGUUAUGAAGAAUAAAACUUUAAGGAGGAGUGAUGAUAUUAAAGUUUAAUUAUUAAAAAUAAAAAUCAUAAAGGCCUAGAAAGAACUAUGUGGAGCGUGUGUGGAUUGGAAGGUUGUAGAGAAUGCAAUAAUGGCGUUGGUUGCAAUUUAUUAGUGACUAAAGAAUUGAAAAAGAUAAGAAACCACAAACCUAUGAUGGUUCUCAACUACGAGAGUAAAUCUUUUGUAAGUUGGAGCCUAUAAAUAGGCCUCUCUUUGUACGAUUGGGAAGCAUAGCCAAGAAAAGAAAGAAGUAGCCAAUAAAAGAAGUUCUUCCAUUAAUUCUUCUGUUCUUCUUUCAAUUACAAGACCUUUCCUUCUUUCCUCCCAAAACAGUUUUCCACCUUAGCAAAUAAACACAAAUUCAUUUUACCAAUGAACAAACCCUUCCUUUCCUAUUGUUAAGUACGAGCCAAGUGCCCGACAUACAGGUCCAAGAUGAGGUGAGUAACCCUUGGUUAUUCACCCAUGAGUAACUAAAUAUGGACCAUUAGUUUUGAGUGGGCCUAGAAAAUCAAGAUCUAAGGGUCGAGAACUAAAGACAUUUCAUUUCCCCUACUUUUCUUAAUGAACUCUUAUCUUCUUCGUUCUAACUUGGGUUUUUUUUCCAGAGAUGGAAUGAGUUCGUUGUGCUCUACAAAAUUAUAUCAAUUUUCAAUAUUUUUGGAGAAAUUAUUUUUCAUACCUCUCAUUACCAACUCCAUACCAUAUUGUAUCUUCUUUGUUUUUAAGUCAUUUUUUAAAAUGAUGGGUGAAUAGGUAAGGUGGUUAGGCAACGGGAGGAAUAGAGUACCGAGUACGAGAGCCAGUUAGUUGCUAACCGGAAGAGAAGGGAAUCGAAGAAUUGAAUCCCAUUUUGUUUGGUUGUUAGCGAGUGAGGGAAUCGCAAAUGGACUUAAUUUUUUUCCUUGUAUCUUUGAAAAAAAUACAAGAUCAAAAAAUACCACCCCAUACCACCCUGGUAUGGGGGUGGUAUCUUAUGGUACAGAAUGUUGAAAGUCGUAAAUGACAAUUUGUAGACUCUUAUUAUUAUGUAUUCAACCAUCCUACAGUCUGGUAUGUUCAUACCACCAUGGUACGCUUUCAUACCAUAUGGUAUGCUCUUAUUUAAUACAAUCAAUAUACCCCCCAUGGUAGACUGGUAAAAAAUGCAUCAAUUUUUUUGUUUCAUAAUAUAUCAAAGUAUUUAUCAUUUUGAAGAACAAAAUUAAUCUAAUUUAUCUAUGUAAAAAAUUUAAAUUCUGACU